AUGGAAAAGCGACAUGAAGCGAGAAAAGAGGAGCAUUCCGAUCGAGUUCAUGAAAAAAACCAGAACAAUGAUUCAACACCAACACCUCAAAAUUCUGAAUCGGAAAUGAAUUCUAAUCAUCAAGAAAAAACACCAAGUGCACUUGAUGAAUUAUUUUCAUCAUCAUCUUCGGAUGAAGAGGAGAACAAACAAAACGGAAAUGAAACAUCAUCACCCUCUUCCGAAGAUCACAAUGAUUAUAUGAAUGAUAAAUUUUUACAACAUUUAUCGGAACAAGAUGAAAUUUCAAGAAAAAACAAUCAACAAUCACAUCAUGAAACAAAACUUUCCUUCUAUAAUGCUCCUCCUGAAUUAUUGAAACAAUAUAAUAUUGCAAAGAAGGAAAAACAACAUAAAAAAGCUCAUCAUUUGAAAAAACAAAUUCGAGAAUAUGGUAUUAGAGAGAGCAUGCUGGAAAAGGCCAAGAUUUCACUUUCACAAAAUUUAAUCAAAAAGGAAGAAGAAAAAAGUGAAGCGUCACAGUCAGUGGGAUUGAAAUUGCUGAAAAAGAUGGGCUAUGAGACAGGUCACGGCCUUGGAAAGAACAAACAAGGCUUGAUCAAUCCUCUUUCAAUUGAUCGGCAAUUGGAUGAUUUAAUUCAAACAAGUGCACAGGGUAAAACAAAGAAUCUACCAAAGAUUGGAUCUACUCAAGAGGACCUUCAGAAAAAGGCACAAAUUGAGCAAUUUAAAAACAACAUGAAAGAAAAAUCAAUAGGCCAGAAACACCAGAAGCGAACAUUAACACCUGAAGAAUAUAAAAGUAGAAUGAAAGAAAUUCAUGACGAACAAAAGAAGAAGAGGAAAUUGAGAAUGGCAUUACAACCGAGCAGUGAUAUGAAAGAGAAUCCUUUAAAGAAACAGAAAGAAGAGGAAAAUUGGGAUGAGUUUGAUGAUUUUUAG